AUGCUGGUAGUCCUGCUCACACUGGCCUUGCUGGCCCUGAACCCAGCUCCAAGCUCCAGUGAAGGUUAUGAGGUAGAAAAACAGAAAGAGCACCAGCAGCCUCAGGGAGCCCCUAAUGGAGAAUUCAGACCUCGACCCCCUGCUGGUAAUAAAAACCAUCAGGAAGAUCCUCAGCAGGGACCACCCCAACAAGGAGGCCAGCAGCAGCAGCAGCAGCAGAAGCCAAAUGGCCCCCCUAAACCUGGAAACCAGCAGGGACCACCACAACAAGGAGGCCAGCAGCAGCAGAAGCCAAAUGGCCCCCCUAAACCUGGAAACCAGCAGGGACCACCCCAACAAGGAGGCCAGCAGCAGCAGAAGCCUAAUGGCCCCCCUCAACCUGGAAACCAGCAGGGACCACCCCAACAAGGAGGCCAGCAGCCGCAGCAGCAGAAGCCAAAUCCCCCUCAACCUGGAAACCAGCAGGGACCACCCCAACAAGGAGGCCAGCAGCAGCAGAAGCCUAAUGGCCCCCCUCAACCUGGAAACCAGCAGGGACCACCCCAACAAGGAGGCCAGCAGCAGCAGCAGCAGAAGCCAAAUGGCCCCCCUCAACCUGGAAACCAGCAGGGACCACCCCAACAAGGAGGCCAGCAGCAGCAGAAGCCUAAUGGCCCCCCUCAACCUGGAAACCAGCAGGGACCACCCCAACAAGGAGGCCAGCAGCAGCAGCAGCAGAAGCCAAAUGGCCCCCCUCAACCUGGAAACCAGCAGGGACCACCCCAACAAGGAGGCCAGCAGCAGCAGCAGCAGAAGCCAAAUGGCCCCCCUCAACCUGGAAACCAGCAGGGACCACCCCAACAAGGAGGCCAGCAGCCGCAGCAGCAGAAGCCAAAUGCCCCCCCUCGUCCUGGUAACCAGCAGGGACCACCCCAACAAUGA